AAUAAAAUGAUAUGGAAUCAUUCAAUUUUAUAUACUUUUCAGUAUAUAUAUAGUCACAAAUCAUAACAACUAAACUCCAAACUUACAAUAACCAUCCAAACAUUUUUUCUAUAACCAUGAGUUCAGUCCAGCAUUCUCUAUUUUCUCCCCUCUUUUGCCCUCUCUAUCGAUUAUACUGCCUUUUAAAUCCUUAUAAUGAGAAGUUCACGAUAAUCAACAUUUCUUGUUAUCUUCCAAAUGUCGAAGGCAACAGCAUUUUACGUUAUUAUCGCUACCUUGGCCACCGCCUUUACCCUCUUUAUUGGUGCAACAACAAAGAAGUAGGAGAUGAGUCUUUGUGUCAUGCUUGUACGUGUAAAGAAAUUGGUACAACCUAUUACUUUUGCGACAAAUGUGGGUUAUCAUUCCACAAAGAAUGUGUCGAGUCUCCCCCUCUAAUCAAAUCUCUUUAUCACUCUAAACACCCUCUCCAACUAGUUCUUGAUUAUUCAGGUAUAUAUUGUUCUCAUUGUGAAAGUCGUUAUAGAUAUAAACACGUAAGGUUAUAUUACUACUGUUUUACUUGUAAGUUUAGUUUGCAUCCUGUUUGCGCGACAAGACCCUCGUUCCUUAACUAUCCAAAAAGGCAUGAGCAUGACCUCAACAUCUUUUCGAGAAAAGCUGAUUUGACAUGUGAUGUUUGUGGGGUAGUUGAUAGCAAACUUCUCAUCUACGUGUGUCUUCAAUGUGAUUUUGUUGUCCAUGAAAAUUGUAUUUACUUACCAUUUGUCAUAAGAAUAUCCCGUCAUGACCACCGUCUCUCUUUCACAUAUUCUCUUCCUAGAAUAUUGUCUUGUGGAGUUUGUCGUCAAAAAGUUGACGAAGACUAUGGAAGUUAUUCUUGCACGAAAGAUUGCAGUUACGCAGUGCAUUCCAAGUGUGCAACUCGGGAAGAUGUGUGGGAUGGAAAAGAACUUGAGGAAGAACCGGAAGAAGACUAUGAAAAUUUGAAUUCUUUUGAAGUGAUAGGUGAUGGAAUUAUAAAACAUUUCGGCCAUUCACAUCACAUGAAGUUUGAAAGGAAGACCACUGACAUUAUGUAUGAUGAUGAAAAGCGAUGUCAAGCAUGCCUACUUCCAUUCUACGGAGGUGGCGUUUACGAAUGUAUGGAAUCCAACUGUGAUUUUGUACUCCAUGAAGCAUGUGCAAAUCUUCCCCGGACAAAACAACAUAUAGCACAUCCCAAUCCUUUUAUUCUACAAAUAUGUGUGUAGCAAAGGAGAUGAGUCUAUAAGUAUAGACGUGCGAUGUGCUGCAAUAUCUGAGCCAUUUGUCCAGCAAUGCCACCCACAUCCCUUGUUCUUAAGCAAUGAACUUGGAAAAUCUAGACUCUGUUCAAUCUGCAAAAACGAGAAAGAUCAAACUUUGAAUUGUAUCGAAUGCAGCUUCUUUUUGUGCU